AUGGCACCAACGCACCGCGUCACCCCUGCCGCCCGGCCACCGGUGCACAAGCUGCCCGACGAGCUGCUCGUCCUCGUCUUUGCGCACUUUGACGACUCGUCUCGUCUGGCCCCGCGCUUCCGCGAGGACCCGGUGACGCUGCUCGAGACGUACCACGCGGCCGCGCACCGCGGCCGCGGCCGCCACAACCCGCUCAAGAACAUAUCGCUCGUGUGCCACCGCUGGCGCGAGGUUGUGCUGCCGCGGCUGUUCCGGCACGUGCUGUGGACGUUUCGCAGGCUGCAAGAGCCGGAGCCGGGGCUGGACGAGGCGGCGGCGGUGGCGGCCGGCUUUGAGCUGCUGGUGUUUCUGCGACGCCGUCGUUUCGGGGCGGCGGCGGCGGUCGAGGGCCUGACGAUGCUCGUGCCGUGUCCGGAGCACCUGAUGGAUGACCCGACGGAGCUGGUGGGCCGGUUCGGGCUGCUGCCGCAUGCCGGCGUCGUCGGCGCGGAAGAGGACGACGACGAGGACAUGGCGGAGAGCGUCAUCUUGUCCGAGACGGCGAGCAGCAUCGGGCUGCCCGAGGACGCCGGGCACGCGACCUGGCCAAACACCUGGUUCUGGGACAUGCUGUGGAGCGUCGUCGACCCGCUGCGCGUGAGCAUCAUCGCCGCGCCCGUGGUGCUGGCAACCAUGCUCAGCCUCAAGGUGUUUAUCCGCUGCCAGCCGCUGCUCAUGACGCAGUACCAUAUCUUCUCCGUCUCCCGCGCGGACCGACGGCCCGCGGCGGCGCGCGACGACACGCCGCUGCCGGAUCCCGUGGUGUCGGCCGCGACCAUGGCGGCUUCUGCGCCGCCGAGCGACGACGACGGGCCUUUCCCGUGCGAGCUCCUUCCGCCGGCGCGGUCGUGGUCCUGCCUCGUCGUCAACGAGGGCUCCUCGGUGUCCAUCUACAAGACCAACGGCUACGGGCAGACGCCGCCGUCGGCGCUGCUCAGCCUGUUGGCGGCCAACAACCACCGCGCGCUGCGCGCGUCCCUGCGCCGCCUCGAGUACGUCGCCGUCAUGCCCAUGGCGACGCACCUCCGCGCCGUGGCCGCGCUGGUGCCGCCGCGCCUCGAGGCCCUGUACGUGCAAAUCAUGCCGCGCGGCGUCGACGUUGGCGGCGGCCGCUUCGAGGGCCUCGACAUGGAGGAUCUGCUCACGGAGCGCGACUCGGUGUACGAGCUGCUGUUUGGCGCCAUUUUCGUGCCCGGCCCCCGGCCCGAGUGGCAGGCGCUCCGCGUGUUUGAGACGGGCGACGUCGACGUCGACGACGGCACCGCCUGGGCCGAGGCCGUCGAGACGGCACAGGCGAGCGCGUCCUGCUGGGAGGUGGCGGAGAAGGGCCGCUUGGUCAGGAAUAUCGUGAGGGAGGAGGCGGAGAGAAGGAGGAGGCGGCGACUGGCGUGA